UUUUUUUUUUUUUUUUUUUUUUCUUGCCUGUCCUUUAAACUCGACUCUUGCUUUUCCAGUUCCUACCCUCCCAGCCUUUUUUCCACUCCCCACAUUCCUUUUCGACUCUUUUUACACUCCACAAAGAACACCGCUAAACAAACCAGUUCUCCCUUCUUCCCCCUUGCGGCUGUUGACCAUCUUAACUUUCUUCGAUUCUUCUUUUCCGACAACAUCCAAGCAACACAUCCAAUUGCAGCACCGCCUCCUUCUUCUUCCCUAAAUCCGGAAAUGGUGCAAUCAUUCCCCCGAGGACUCUCUAUCACAGCCGUUGCCGCCAAGGACCUUGCGAAGCGGAAACGGUUUGGGGCACAAGAUCCGUAUUUGGCCUUCUAUCUCCAGGGACGACGAAAGUUCACGAUUGUCGCUGUCAAGGGCGGCGUCAAACCCGAGUGGAACCAAACGAUAAAGUACAACUGUAUCCAGGAUGCCACAUCCAGAGAGGACACCACACUCACGGUCUACUGCAUCCACGAGAAGACGGGCGUCAAGAUGGGCUCGAGCGAUGGACUGAUUGGCAGUUGCGAGAUCGAUCUUAAGAAGACUUUGUUUUGGUCAGACACGGGAGUUCAUGACGGCUGGUUCCAACUGAUGUAUGAUGGCAAGGAGUCUGGCAAAGUCCACCUCCGCUUGCAGUUGUGCGAGCCCUCUGAGGAUGAGGAUGAGCUUGAGGAUGCACCAGUUCGUCUGGACCAUAAGAAUCGUAUCGUGAAGUCAAAGUCGGAACGGAGGGCAGAUAUGAAGAUUGCCGGCUACAAUGCACAAGUAUCCGGCCCAAGUGCAGGAGGUACGCCCGUCAAUUCAGGCACACUUUCUUAUUUUUCAGGACAGCCCAGCAGCAAUGGCGAAGGCGGCCUUCAACGCACACCCACCGGUCGGUUGGUCCGACCACAGUCGAUGGCAGAUUUGAAGGAACGACAGCCCUCGAUCAAAAUUCAGGAACCGAUCCAGUAUAGAAUGGGCUCAAAAUCCUUGGAGGAGGUCCGGGAAAUGAACACUUCCUCUUCUGACGGCGACUCCUUUGUCGCAGAGAACGAUGGGGACAAGAGGAGCAUCAGUAGUCCCAAGCAGACGUUCACUCUUCAGGACAACGAGGGUAACAUCAACCAGCUUAACUGGCUGACGGCACCUUUCGACCCGAACUGGCUGGAGCCCACGCCGCCGAUCCUGCGCCGUGCUCUCUCUGCCCAGUUUUAUUAUGAGGACCUCAACAAGCAGAUGACGACCAACCCACAGGAGCUCUUUCCGCGGCCCCAGUCGCAGCAGUCGCAUGUCGGCUAUUCGAAUGAACCAAUUUAUAUACCCAACGGCCACCAGCCCUUCCAGAGCUUUGGUCAGGCGCAGCAACCACAGGCGUCAAAUCGGCAGCAAAGGCCUAACACGGGGCCUAUCAAUGUCAGUUCGAACCAUCUCCCUCAGCAGUAUCAACAGCAACCACAAUACUUACCACAGCAAUCACAAUAUCCACAACAACAACUGCAGCAGCAACCGCCAUCUGGGGCAGCCCCUAAGAUUCCCAUGAUACAGCCACAGCCGCAACCGCAAAUGAUGCUCAACCAACUACAACAUCCGACCCCGCCUCAACAGCAGUGGUCUCCACAACCUCAGGGUCCCGCCACAGGAUCUUGCCAGCCUCAGACUGCCUUCCAGUCGCCCCAAUCCUCUCGGUCAAAGAUGGACUUUGCAGGCAACUCCAAAUAUAUGUCAUUGCCCUCCCGGAACCAGUUCACCCCGCAACAGAUACAGCAUUUGCGAUCCCUUGGAGAAGGUCUCAGUCAACCAGGCGUGAAUCACCCUAGUAGUAUGGUAAUCAAUAUGCCACAUUCGUCUUUGCCGCCUCCUCAACAGCAGCAGCAACCGGGACCGACUACUCAGGGAUUCGUCCCACCAGUGACGGCGCUCGGACCAGCCGUUGGAUAUAUGCCCGACACCUAUACCCAGGAGCAUCAGCGUGUGCUCGUGAAUCAGCUGCCUCCAGCUGCACCGCCAGUGCCUCCGCAUCCAGUUCUCGGUCCGGGGCAGCACAAUAAUGUGGGGUACAACAUCGUGCAGGGUUCUCGUUCAGAGCUUGAGCGCCCCGGAACCAGCAACUCGUUUUAUUCUCAAUUACCGACUCAGCAGCCUUCGGCGACUGUGAUGAACCAAGGUCCUACACAGCCCAUGUACUUUGCUUCGCCCGUCCCUCAGCAGCAACAAUACGGUCAGAAUCAGCAACAUCGACAGCAACAGCAGCAACAGCAUUCGCAUCUACAGCCACAGCCACAGCCACAGACAUCUAUGCCUCAGCAGCAAUCGGCCAACAGCUAUCAUAACCACAACCCAGGAACAUCCACGUUUUCGACUAUAGAAGCCUUCGAUACGAUGCAAAAAUCGCCUGCGCUCACCUCCAUGGCCCAAAUCCCACUGAAGGCUAGAGAUGCAAUCAUUUGUCAGUACACACCUCGUGCAGUGACAUGGGACGGCAAGGAUAUCCAAGACUCGCUGUUGGAUCAGUCGAUUGGCCGCAGGAUAUUGUCGCGGUAUGCGCUGGGCAUGGCUCGGGAAAAGUAUGUCCGGGAGGGAUUCUACACCAAGGAAAAGAGUCCCUUCAUGUCGGACGGUUUGACACCUCAGCAGCGUCAGUUGCAACAGCAACAACGCCAGCAAAGACCGGAUUCGCAGAGACAGCUUCAACGUCAGUUCACGAUGGAGCAGGAAGGAAAUGACCGGGUGAUCAUCAAAUAUCUGAAGACGAAGCGCGAAUGGGAGAUUGACUGUGUGAUGAUGCGAUAUCUUACCUGUCCGCACCCAGAAGAGAAACUCGAGAGCCAGUACUUGGACUACCCGCAGGCGCAGCAGCAUUCUCAGACCGUGAGCCCAUUCGUCGUAGGAUUGUACGAGACGUUUAUGCACCCCCACGGAAUCGAUCUUGAUGGAUGUCGGUACCUCUCUGUCCUGCAGUGGUUCCCUGAGACCCUACAGGGAUAUAUUGGAGACAGCAUUGCCUCGGGCGAGGGACUGGAGGUGACGCUGCCGAUUGUUCGGUCUCUGGUUGAGUGUGUGGCCUGGAUACACCAACGCAAGGUCUGUCAUUUGAACAUCAAGCCGUCGAAUUUUGUCCGCGAUCCAUAUAUGGCCUCGUCCAUCAACAGUCAGCGUGGCGCAGGUUGGAAACUGGUGGAUUUCGAGGCCGCACGUGUGAUUGACGAGGAGAUCGUGGGCCGAUGCACGUUCUCGUAUGCGGCACCCGAGAUCUUGAUGGGCAAUUCGACAGGACAGGGUGUAUAUGCGAAGGGAUCAUUGGAUAUCUGGUCGUUGGGGCUAGUCGUCUAUGAGCUACUGACGGACCAGCCGCUGUUCCGGACAGAUGAACAUGCCAGGGAUGUGCUGAUGCGCAACGAUAAUGCAUCGAGGACGAUUCAGCCGGUCCGGUACUAUAAUAGCAAGAAUAUCGACCAAGAGUACCACCCACUCCUGGACGCGAUGCUCGCGCACGAUCCCGAGAGGCGGCUGUCAGCGUCGCAGCUUCUGAAGAUGGAUCUCUUUACGAGACCCAUUUCUCCACGACCAGUACCGCAGAAUCAGAUGAUCAGGAACAACAAUAUUUUGUCCCUGCGGGAUCUUAAGGCAACUCGACUCUGUAAUCUGAUGAGUGGAGAGCAAAGGAAUGAGAUCAACAGUCGUGGGUCGGGCGAUUCAGCCUACGGAGCGAGUUUGUCCUCCUCUCAGCACCAAAUGUUGUUGUUGGAGGGCGUUGGGCGUAUUCUGGAUUCGCCAUUUGACCAUAUCCCACGGUUGUUUAUGUUGGUCCCGCCGAUGCACCAGGAUCUGGACCCGGCACAGCCGUUCCGGCCGACGAAUCUGUUCCAAAACAAGAGUCUGCGGCUGGUGCUGCUAUGCGAGGGAUUGAGUGGAUAUGGCGAGGAUGCACAUGUGACGGACCACCGCGGAUACGUUAUUCAGGACCCCGUAGCGUUCGUGCAGGAUGUGGGCAAAUUACUGCUGCAUCUGGUUGCAGUAGCAGGGACCAAUAAUCCAGGAUACGAGACGCCAGCGUUGGAUCGUCCGUUGACACUGACGGGUACGCCGCUGGAUAACUGCCAGAGGUGGUAUCCUUCGUUGCGGUCUUAUUAUGAAGCAUUGCAGGGAGCGAUUCAGCAACAAGUCGGACCUGCGCCGUCCUUGAACGAGUUGAGGUCGUUGCGCGGACCGACGCUGAAGAUGUUGGAGCAGUGGCUCGUGCGACUGGUGCGGCGGCAGUGUCAGGCUGUGUCUAUGGAGAGUCUAAAACACAAACCGUCGGUGGUGACACAGAGCGAUCUACUGGGACAUGCGCGCUUACCCGCGGGACCUGGAGGAAGCGGAGGGUAUGAUGACCUGUCGGAUCAGUUUGCGGGAGCAAGUUUGCAAGAUACGGGUCUGCCAGAGGUGACGGGGCCUGGAGGUGGAGAGGGGUAUGGAGGGUUGUAUAAGAUGCCGGUGGGCACUUGUGGCGACCGGUGGAUCUGUAGAGGAUGUGUGAGUAAGCAGAUGGCCAUGAUGGGCUCGACUGUGCCCUGAGAAAGGCUUUAUGAACGAAAUAACGAGAAAAUAAAGAUGAAUGUAUGAUUGGUCAACAGUAUACGCCAGUGAUGACAUGAAGACAGAUGGGAG